AUGGAUGGUUUAGUUGGUCUUGUACCUGCUCAUCUCUCUGAAAUACAUAUUUCAAGACCAGAGAAUGAGGGACGUGCCACAUUCAGACCUCGCACUGUACAAGAAGAACCAAUAUCAAUGCAACGAAGUUCGAAAUCCUUAAUAGAUAUGACAGUCUCGCGAAGUCUGUCGAAUUCUGCUCUACCGAUUGAAAGAACAUCAGGAACAACAACUUCUAAUAAUACACGUUUUCUUGAGCGAUCGUUUGUGCAACCACCAUUAGCUCCUGGAAGACCAUAUAUGUUGAUUGUUGAAUCAAUUGAAGAAUCAACUGUAUUUGUUCAAUAA